AUGAAUGGUAACUAGCUUAAAAAUCCUGAAAUAGAAAUUAUAGCUGCUGAAGAAAUGAAAUCUCGACAACCAUCAUAAUAACAUAUAUCGAUCUGUUUCUGCAUAUUGCUCACCAUAAUAUAUUCGGUUUUAUUAGGAAUUGAGCAAACAUAAUUGCCAUUAAUGAUUUGUAGCAUAUCUUAUAACACCCUCAUAGCUAUGAUAAUAUUCAUCAACACAUCUAAAAUUAAUACCAAAUAUUACUUUACAAUGAUUAUCUCGAAUUAAGAAUACCUAAUUAUUAUAGCAUUUUUAAUAGAUAGUUUGACCCAAGAACCCGAUCCAAUGAAUGCGUUGGAAUAAACUAUUAUUAAACUCAGCUCACUUGUAGUUGUAUGUAUUAACGGAAAGCUUUUAUUCAUCUUGGUUAUGAUCUCCAUUUCAUUGUUGUAACUAUUAAAAGAUUUGCAAAACAAAGUGUCAUAAAUGAAAAAAUAAUUGAAUGUUACUAACAUGACACCAAAUCAGAAUAUUUCAUAAUAUUCAUAAUUGGAAAAACAAAAUGAUGAGAUAUGGAAGAAUAGAAUGCAAACAAUUCCAAUUAUUGCCAUUAUCAUAUCUAUGCAAAAUUGGUAAAUUGUCCAUAAAAACUAGUCCUUCUAUACUUUCUUUUCAUCUUAUAAGUAAACGGAAGAAGAAUUAGAAAAUUUGGUAAUGAAUCAUUUAAGUUUUCAUGUUUCCAGUAGUAAUCUCGAGGAAUAAGAUGUUUCGUCCAUUAAUUAAUUCAUAAAAUAGAUAAGAAGACCUCAUGCCAUGACGUUUAAUAAUAAUUGUAAUUAAAGAAAUUAAGAAACACUUCAAGAUAUCCCUAUAGGAUAUUAAUCUUUGAAUGAAAUUGUGUUGAAUUUUAAAAGUAAAGUCCAAUGUUCUUUCCUCAAUAUUCAUCACUCCGUUUAUUAUGAAAUCUCAUGCCGAUAACAACUAGAAGAUGGAUCAUAUCUAUAGUUAUUUGGAUAAAUUGUAUAAAAUGAAAAAGACAAUGAACUUUUAAUAUUUUUGAAUGACUUCUCAGGUUAAAAUGAAAUGUAAUAAAAUAUUCUUCUAAACGAUUUUAAAUCUAAAAUCCUCCAAUCAUUCUCUCAUGAACUCAGAACCCCACUUAAUAGUGCUUUGAACUUUUUAACUUCCUCUUUGUAAGAAUAAAAGAUACCUUUAUAUGUGAAAGAUAAUCUGAUAGAGCCAGCAAUCAAUUCAUUAAAGAUACAAAAGUAUCUAAUAAAUGACAUACUUGAUUUCUCAUCAUUUUAUCAAGAUCACAUCAAAAUAUAACUCAAAGAAUUUACUAUUUCUGAACUUAUUGCCGAAAUUAGUUCGAUGUUUUAUUAUCAAUUUAACACUAAAUAAUUAGCUUUCCAUGUUGAUUUAAAAGAAAAUUAGUUAAAUUCAUUUUGUACUGAUUACAAAAAGCUUCUUUAAAUUUUAAUUAAUCUUAUCUAAAACUCCUUAAAAUAUUCCUUUAAAGGAGGCUGCGUUCUUAAACUAAUAUCAUUACCAAAUCAAAAUAUAUUAUUUGAAAUAGCAGAUUAAGGAAUAGGUAUUGAAUAAGGUCUAUUAUAAAAGUUAUCAGAUAUAAGCAAGAACAUGGAUAGAAAUAAAGAAUUUGUAAAAGAUUGGCAUGGAAUAGGUUUAAUAAUUUCUUCUAUUAUUUUAUAAUACCUUGCUCCUCCAGAUAUGAACUCUUUUAAUAUUAAGUCAGAAGGGGAGAACAAAGGAACGUUUAUUUCCUUUUGUAUACAAAACUUUUUUCGAGUUCCUGCAUCCUAAUAGAAUAUCAAGAAUAGCACUUCGAAUUGUAUGAAUAUUGGAAGUGCAUCAAGUCAAUUCAAGCAAUUGUCAGCUUCUUAAUAAAUACAACUUAAUAGUUCUCUAUUCAAUGUUAUGGGGACUAUAGUUAAAGCCACAGAAUUUCACAUCACAAGCACUCAAAUCAAAACACAAUUUGCAUAGUAUUCUUCAAAAAGAUCUUAAAAUGACUCUUUUUAUUCUGAAAGCAACGAUGACUUCUUAGAAAAGAGAUUGGAUGAUUUAGAAAGUUUGAAUCCCUUUUUGAUAACAGAUAUCAAUAAGGUUUACAACAAAGUAAAAGAUAAAUCCUCAAAGGUCAUAAAUUUAAAAUAAAUUAAAUAAUUAGAGGAAAAAGAAUCUGAAUUAUUCUUGAGUGGAUUAAAUAGUUUAAAAAAAUGUAAUUGCAUGAGAAUUUUAAGUGUUGAUGAUGAAAUUUUUAAUUAAAAGUCCUUAUAAAUUUUGAUUUCUAAAAUGGGAUUCGAAGUGCUGCUAGCAUUUAAUGGCUAAUAAGCCAUUUAAAUAGUAUAAAAUUUAUAAAAGUGUUGUUCAUCUUGCAAUUUACUUUCUUUAAUUCUAAUGGAUUAUCAGAUGCCAAUAAUGAAUGGAAUUGAAGCAACAAAAUAAUUAAUUAAUAUGAUGAAUAAAUGUUAAAUUCCUUAUAUUACAAUUGUUGGAUUAACAGCAUUUACUAGCUAAAAGGAUAUAGAUAACUGCCAAAAGGCAGGGAUGGAGUAAGUGCUUGCUAAACCAUUAAAUAUAUAAGAAUUGAAACAAAUUUUAUUAUGUGUAUUUAAAAAAUAUUGA